UUUUGUCCGAUGCGCGCGAUGAGGAGGUUGGCCAACCUGCGUGAAUUGUCGUUGCACGUCUCGCCGCCGACUUCAGUGCGUACCCGAAUUCAGUUUACAACCAACUGACGAGAGCUCGGAAUAGAGCAAAUUUAGACGGGUGUGUGCGUGCGCGAUUCAAACUUUUUGUGAUAUACGCGUCAGUGUGGACGCGAAUGAUGCGAUUUGACCGCGCGAAGAACGAGCAUUCAGGUUAGAUUUCGUGGUGUGGCGACGGGGAGCGGCGUAUCCACGAAAACGAAGUACAUGAACGUGACGUCGUCGCGCGUAUCCUCGCGAGCGAAAGAGAGACGAGAACGGACGAGGGAUAGAGCAUGCGACCGCGCCUCUACGACGUUACUCGGUGUGUCGAUGAGAAUGGGAAGUGCGCCGCCGUCGCUGCCGACGACGACGAGAGACGAAAGUGAGUUAGGGACAACGUCGUUGCAGUACGUCGCGCGGUGCUGCAUCAUCAUCGCUUAGGAAUGGUAUCGCCGUCCAAGCAUCAACACCAACAGCAAUACAAACAGCCGUCGAGAGAGAACAGGAUCGAUCCACGACGAUCGUCGCAUGUUCGUAUACAAAAAGGCCUGAAACCUUUGGAAAAGAAGUCGUUCUAUUUGGACUUAAAAAACCAUGCCGUUGCGACCAAGCUAGAAACACACAUCAGAGAAUUGGGCGGAGCGAUUGAAGUGUUUCUAGUACGCAGUGUGAGCAUUGUGGUCAGCGACAGAGUAGAUGAGACAGGUAACGCAAAUCCUGGAAGACCUAGAUGGACUUCUGGCGGCAGCGGGGGACCCCGCUCAUUAAGAAGCAUAGAAGUCCCAACGCCCACACCCACACCCCCAACGCCGUUGCUAAGUUCUGAAUGCCCGUUGUCGAAUUCUACCAAUCUGCGGGGUCCAACCGCCCAAAGAUCUAAAUCGCGGGUGGAUGCAAUGUUGGAACGUGCUCUGACACAACCACUACAGUGUUCCGUGGAUCCACUAGAUAACGCCCAAAGUUGGGGUAUUCCUAUUUGGACGACAGACAAGUUUCUGGAUUGGCUUGAAAAGAAAAUUUUCUACGCGUCUGUUUUAAGGGAUAACUUGAAACAGCUGAAGCAAGCCAAUCAGCACGGUACGAGGAAGGAUUUGAGAAUUAGAAGGUUGAGAGAUCCAUACGUCAAAUUUGAAUCUGUUCGCAGAACCACUAGACCUGUGUUCCUGGAAUUAUCGUCCUGGCCAACUCUUAAUUUUGACGGUGAUCCGGGCUCGUGUCCUUUCGACACAAGAAAGCAGGUAAAACUAGAAACCAAGUUGACUCAUAAGGAGAUCAAGGAGAAUAAGGAAGACAUACAAUCUGUAAAUAAGGCAGAGGGUAAAGAAAUGACUCGGAGAUCCCGCACCACUGCUGCACGUGCUCGCAGAACGGAACAACUGGUCGCUGGUUACUGUGAAAUUUGCCGUAAGCAUUAUGACGAUGUAUCGAAGCACGCGCAAAGUGAGCAGCAUCUCAAUUUUGUGGGCAACGACGACAAUUUCUUGUCGUUGGACAGGCUGAUCAAUGCGGGUGCUAAUGUCGAGGCGUUUUUAAAGCUGAAUCGAACGACGGACAUUGAGAAGAACUGUGAUCUGUUCCCAAGUGGAGAAAAACAGCAGAAUGCGUUAUCAGAUGAGAAGGUCGGCAAGAACGCUAAGAGUUUAAGUAAUUUCAGUGUCGAAGAGAUAAAAAUGGUAAACGGUGCGCGCCGGAACUUGAAUUUGAGAUUAAGCUCGUCGCACAAUCUCCGUGCUCGUGCGAAACACGAGAGCGGGCAUCUUCUCAGAUCGAAGGGCAGUCCGUGGCACGAGGUGGACAAGAGCGAAAAGUUGUACGACAAGCUCGAAGGUUUCACCAUCAAGAAACGCGCGAAAGGCACCAUCUGGAUCGAGGAGGAUGACCCGGACGAAAAGUAUGCGGAGGACAUCUUGAAAGAACCCAGUCAGGAGGAUUAUAAAAUCAGGCCGUUCUCGAAGAACAUUGAGGAGAUUUACAACAACAAGCAAGACAAUAUCAACAGCACGCAGAGUAAUUCGGAUCCGCCAGUUUUGCAUCCGGAGCUUGUACAUAACAAUACGCAAAAUGGUUUUAUAAAGUCGCGGCACGUAUCGGAGGAUUCGGAUAAUCUCAAGAAUAGAGACGAUGAGUGCAAUGGCAACGGGAACGCGCGCGCUUUGGAAUAUUCGAUAAAGGAGAACAGUGCGACCGAUAAUAACUUGACCGGGAGUUACAAGUCGUGCAAGGAUAACACGUUGCAGAAGGAUUGCGUGUUGCAGGCGGAAAAGAUUACGAUAGAUUGUGGAAAACUUUCGGAUAAUACGAACGAGAUUGUUUGCAACGGGCAUAGCGAUAAGAACGAACAAAAUGAUGCUUCGAAAGCAUCGCAGGGAAUCAACAAUCGACAGUUGAAACUAUCCAGACAUCCUCGAAUAAAUCGGAGAGGCGGCAGAAAUAUUAGAGGUAGGUGUUAUCGACAUCGACUAUCGGUGGAGGAACGUUUGAUUGAGGAUAAUCGCGCCUAUUACAAGGUGGAAGUGUUGGGCAAUAAGCUGCGAUCGAGCGCGGUGGCGAGCGGCAAUACGCAGCAGGCAACGUCGAAAGAGGACGACGGCGAGGAGAAGAAGGAAGCGCCGUCCAGCGAAAAGCCGGUGGUGGUGCGAUUUAAGCGCGUAAGAAAGUCGGAGCUGUCGCUGCUCAGUGACGAAGCGGAAUCUUUCAUGUUUGGCGAGCCGAGACGGGACGACUCUAGCGAGAGAACUAGCGACAGCGAGCAGAGCAGUGUACUACCUAGAGAUACAGAGAGCAGCGAGGUCAACGAAAAUGCCAAUUUGACCGUGUUGUUGAGCUCGCCGUUAAACUCGAGCCCCGUGAAACAGGAGAUGAUCGAGGAGGAUUCGCAGGACUCCGUGCAGAGAGCGAGAAAAAGAAGACGCACGCAAGCCGAAGCGUUCAUCAAGGAUAACACCGAUUACUACAAGUUCGAGACGCCGGGAAGCAGAUUGAGGUAUCAGGCCCCGAUCACUGGUAUCAAGGAUGACGAGAAACACGCGGCGAUGAAGAGAUCGUCACAGGAAACGAAGGAGUCCGGACCGCCGCAGCAAAACGACACACCCGCCGAGAUUUAUCCGUCCAAACCGUCGGCGGAGAUCGAGAAAAUGCAAUUCUCCUUCGAGGUGAUACCCAAGUCCGAGCCGUGGUAUCAAACGUAUCAGCGACAGGACACGGGCACCGAGUUCUGGCACUGUUUCAGCGAGUGGGACUCGAUGAAACCGUUUCUUCUGCCGUACGAGAUCGAGAAUUUUCAGGAAACAUUAUUACGGGCGCAGAACAGAGUCGAGGGGAUCAGAAAGAGGGGUCGCGGACGGGGUAUCGGAUGCGUGGGACGUUCGCCGAGGAAGAGUCCGCGCUGCCACGCGUCCACACUGGCCAUCAUGUCCACGAUUAUUCGUAAGAGAGAGCAACAACAAUCGUCUAAUCUGUGCGCGAUUGAGGAUUCAGCGGUUCUCGCAUCGCGUGUCACGAACACGCCCAAAAUGGAACAAAAGCAAGAUAUAAAGUCGGAUGUGGAUGACGAUCUGAAAGAAAUGGCAAAGACGAUUGAUGAAAUGUUAAGUACAAAAAUGUCGGAACUGGACGACUCGUUCGAGCCCGAUUUGGACUUGACGCAGAUCGACAGCUUCUGCGGAACGAGCUUGACGAAGGGUCCGCCGCCAAAUCUGUUGGAGUUGCUCGACAAUUGUCAGGACGUGACGACCAAUUGUCUGGAGAACAAUUCGUCAUGCGCCAGUUCGGAGUGCGGUGAAGCGACCGUGGACAUACCGCUGAAGCGACGGAAACGAAGAAAAAAUCGAACCGGAUGGCCGAUCGGUAACAAGAUAAAGAAGAAAGUACAAAUAAACAAUAAAACCUUGACGGACUGCAAUCGAGAUUCGUUACCGGGGAAAAGGAUGAUGUGUUCUAAUAGCAGUUUUGCCGAACAACGCACGUUGAACGACACAUCUCAGAGACUGUCGGAAGGAACGGAUACUUACGCGGCGACAAAAUCGAGCACCAAUAUCACGUUGUCGACCGUCGCGGAAAGGUUAAACAAUGAACAAAAGAAGGAUGUCGAAGCUUUGACGGAAACUUGUACGUCUCACAAACCGUAUCACGAGACGCUCGCAAAGAGGGACAAGAAUGUAUUAGAAAUAAACGAUGAGAAAACAAUAGGUUACGUGGAGUCGUCAAUCUCGGAGAGCACGUGCGACGACUCGACGAAGAAGAAUCAUCUCUCGAACAAGGACUAUUCGUGUAGGAAAGAUCUAUCCGAGAUCGAGGAGAUUACGGAAAACGAUUCGUGCAACAAUGAAAAUCACGAGAACCGAAAGAGCAGUCCACCCUUGGGCAGGAAAGAUGUCGUGAAUGCGAUCACCGAGAGGAACAACGUAGUCGCUAAGUCGUUACCCGUUCGGAAGCAACGACAGCGCGAGCACGUUGCCGCCGCGGUCGACAGCUGCGAGUCGCGAGACACGGAAAUUGAGAAUCAAGACAAUCUGCAGUUACAGUGCAGAAAGGACGUGGAGUCCGAUAUAGUUCCUAAAAAACACCACAACUCCAAUUCCGAGCUGUCGUCGACGAAGCGUCAGCUGCGUGGCGGCAACUGCGAGGAGAACACGUCCGGCACGGACGAGUUGAUGAAGCGCCAUCGUAUUGUGUUCGCCGCGACGAAGCGCGGUCGGAUAGGCUCGCGAAGACGCAUCUACUCCAGGAAACGUCAGUCGAGAACGGCCGUAGCGCGCAACAACCUGUCGUCGUCCGAUCACGCGGUAGUGUACGACGACGAGAACUGUAAAAAGGACACUUACCUAAACAUUACGUCGUGUAAUAAUAAGAAGCAGUCGUUGCCGGGUUCCGAGGUGCGCGGAAGUGUGAAGCGCAAGAGCGAGGCUAUAUCGUCGUCGGACAAUAUCCAGGAACCGUCCGAUCCAACGGUGGAUCAGUGCGCGUUGACGGAACGCGUUAGUCCGUCGGUGCUGUCGUCGGCCGACCUCGAGCAGCGUCGUUCGAGCAUCGAGUUCCAGCCGGUCGUGCGAAUGAUGAAACUGGACGAUCAGGUGGACAUGGAUCACAGUAUUUUGUCGUCGGUCUCGGUGGCGAGCAACCGACGGCUGAGAAGUUCCGGCGGUUCGCCGCGCUCAAAUUCCAAACCGCCGAAGAAACGUGUGAAGUCCGGUCGCGGUCACUUCAGACGGUGGCUGAAGAAUAGCUGAAGACCCGGAGGACGGAAACAGAAAAAUCAGAGGACUAUACUUUCACUUAGAUUUCGAUGACGGUGACCGAUGGUAUCAUUGUCAUAUUGUACAUUGUGUAUAAAAAUUUAUUUGUGUACGUAUAGAAUAGUAUAUUUAACAUCGCAUCAUUAUUAUUGUAUUCUCUCUGUCUUUCGCUCCUUAGUGACGACGAUUCUAUUUGGUGUGACAUUCUCUUUCAGAUGGUUAGUUUUUAACGCUCUCCAUUCUUUCCUCCUCAACUCUCUGUCCGGUGCAUAUCGUUGUAUACAUUCUUCAGAUGCGGUCGUUGUGUUCUCGGAAACCGAACAAUCUUUUCUAUGUAGAUUUUUAAUUAUUGUUCCUUUUUUUUUGUUUUUUUUUUUAUAUCUCCUUUUACGUUUCGUUAGCCCGCGAACGAAGUCGUCCAACAUUCUUGGAAAAAAAAAACAGCUGUUUUUAUUUCAAUUGUAAUGAGAGAUUUCUUUUUUUUUUUUUUUUAGAGUGUAUUAGUUCUCUAGAGUACGCAAGACUGCAUACAGCUUUAUAACAGUGUAAUAACACAACACACACGAAUGCAUUUUCGUUAUGCUGCGUAUUGAAGAUAUAGUGUCUAUAUUUUUGACUUCUUCACACACACAUACAAACGUACAUACACACGUACAUUACAAACACAUUAUAUCUGAAUAUUUUAUUUCAAACAAAAGUGCUGUAAGUCGCUCAUGAGUUCAGGAAGAGAAAUUAUUAUUAAAGAUACAAAUUUUCCAUUAAA